UCGCCCAAUGGAGGCGCUAGCCGCGUUAGCCGCGUUAUCUUCCCGGAGAGGAGAGCGAGUAGCCGCUGCUCGUGUUCGCCUGUGCUAGCGCGGGUCGGAGCGUGUCGCUGCGGGUUCCAGCAGGUGUUCGUGCCGGUUCCAGGGGGGAGAGCAGAGGAGAGGAUGCCCGGGGACGAGGCUCGGUCCGCGGGCUGCUGCUGGACCUCCGUGCUAUCCUGCCUGCUGCUCGCCUGCUGCUACGUGGGCAGCCUGUACGUGUGGAGGAGCGAGCUGCCCAGGGACCAUCCCACGGUGAUCAAGCGGCGCUUCACCAGCGUGCUGGUGGUGUCGGGGCUGUCGCCGCUCUUCGUCUGGGUCUGGAGGGAGCUCACGUCGGCCAGGACCAGCUCCUCCUUGUUGGCUCUCCUGGGGAUCCGGGUUGAAGGCAUCGUUCCUGCGGUUUUACUUCCCCUGAUGCUGACGAUGGUCCUGUUCCUGGGGCCCCUCCUGCAGCUCGCCCUGGACUGUCCCUGGAGCUUCCUGGACGGGAUCCGGGUGGCCCUUGACCCCUGCUUCUGGAUGGUUUGCUUCAGCGACAUGCGCUGGCUCCGGAACCAGGUGGUGGCGCCGCUGACGGAGGAGCUGGUGUUCCGGGCCUGCAUGCUGCCCAUGUUGGUGCCGUGUGCCGGCCCGGCCACCGCCGUCUUCACCUGUCCUCUGUUCUUCGGAGUCGCUCACUUCCACCACGUGAUCGAGCUGCUGCGGUUCCGGCAGGGGACGCUGGCGGGGAUCUUCCUGUCUGCAGUGUUCCAGUUCUCCUACACGGCCGUGUUCGGGGCCUACACCGCCUUCAUCUUCAUCAGAACAGGUCACCUGGUGGGGCCGGUGCUCUGCCACUCCUUCUGUAACUACAUGGGUUUCCCGGCCAUCAGCGCCGCCCUGGACCACCCCCGCCGCAUCCUGGUCCUGUCCUCGUAUCUGCUGGGCGUGCUGCUAUUCCUCCUCUUCCUGUUCCCCUUCACCGACCCGUCCUACUACGGCCUCCCCACCCCCGUCUGCACUCUGGCCUCGUCCCCCAGCUCGCUCUGCCGCUCCUGAUCGCCAACCGCGGCAUCCCAAUGAUUGACGGAGGCUUUUUUUCUUCUUCUUUUGUUUGUUUGGGGAGAGGGAUUUACGGUGGAAGAAAGGUCGGUGGCUCUGACUCCUCCCAGCCGUCACACGUCACCAUCAAGUCCUCGGGAAGAGUCGACCUGAACGCUGCCGGAACAGCCGCUAACGCGCUUCUCCGCCGCCCGGCCACCUCACACGCGUUCACGGGACGAACCGGCGUCCAACGCCAAACCCUGGCUGUGCCAUCGUACCGUUCACGAAACAAAACACCUUCCAACAUAAAACCUCCCGCCUGCCGUGGAUGGAGCGGUUCCUGAAGCUGGUCCGAGCUAAACUGCUGCAGGGAACCUGGUGGCUGUUGGACGGCUCUGGUUCCCGGGCUCGCUGUGACGAGCCUGCAGAGCGGCCGACGGCGUCUUCGCUCUCUAUAACUAGAACACGCUGUUCUUGGGUCCACAGAUUUGACCUGUUUCAUGUCACAAAACGUCAUUGAUCCACAUUUCCAGGAUGAACUGAGACAGUUUAGGGUUUUUCUCUCCGAAGCUGAGACGGUAGUCUGGGAUCUCGGGUGUUUGGGGGGGGGUUUCUGAAACAGGACGGCGGCUGCGGUCGUCUCCGCGCCUCCGCUGGUCUCAGACGUCAGCUGUGUGGGGAAGCAGAACCGGCUCUGCUGCUCGGUGGUUCUGGUGUGGUUGUAGUGACCAGACGCUGCCAGCAGGGGGAGACGGAGCUCUGAACCGCUGAGAGCUGGCUGCUCUUUCAGUCACACGUCUGGCAACCACUUCACUCCAUCUUCUUUUUGCUUUUCUUGGCCCUGGAGCCUGAAUCGGGAAGCUCUGUCACAUCUGCUGCUGCUGCUGCUGCUCUUUAACGGCCAACUUUGACUCCACAGGCGCGUUAUCUGGCCGGGCCACGACGGCCACCUAAACUGAGCCCACGUGCUCUGAUCCAAGUGAGUCCACACCGUGAGCAGUAUUUGACUGCUGCUCAGCCAGGUCCACAUCCACUAGCUGCUGAUUGGAGCUCCUGAACGUCUCCUCUCCCACCAAACCUGUCUGGACUCGGAGCCGGGAACCUUUUGUACGGGACGUGACGGGAACAUGUGGGAAUUAAUUGCAAUAAACGAAAGCUUCAAGACCUGGGACACCAAUGAUCCAACAUGUUCUUUGUUCAAAUAAUCUGUGUGCACGUCUCCAUCACAUGCGCAGAUCCAGUCGAGUGUUUUUUGAUAUCUGAUUUUCAAGUCCAAGUUUGAUGGUUUUUGUCUCGGUCUCAGACGUGGAGCUGACGUCUCCUUCACAACACCAGUACGUCUUUGUUCUUGUGUUCGGUUGCUCUGGAAACAUUGUUGUCAUGGCGUCGUCCGGCUGCUUUCAUCCUCCAUGAAGUGAUUUACUGUUGAGAGACGAGCGGGACGAGACGCCGGAGCUGGACUCUCAACAUGAAAGUUCUGCUGCUAAAACUGACAGAAACAACACACGCGAGGCUAGAGCUGCGCGAGGCUAACUACUGUGAUGUUUCUUCUGCUGUUAGUUUCUGUUGUCGUGGUUAGAAUCUGGUUUAAAGCACUGAUUGUUCUCGUUGGUUCCUUAUUUAAUUUAGUUUGAGGAACAUUGAUUAUUAAUUCAAAUCUACUAGUUGUUCAUUUAACUUUAAAUCUGUGAAAACAGUCAUAUUAGUUGCUUUAGAGGCAUAUUUUCUGACAGUUUUAUUUACAGGACAAUGCCACAUACAACAUUGGAUUCCCGGUUGUAUCAUUCCCCAUAUUUGCUGUCACAUUCUGUAAAUUGUCCUCGUCUUUGGGGACCUCACUGAAGCUGAUUGAUGUCGACGGUUUGUUUCCUGGGAGGAUGUCCGUGUGAUGAGUCAUGGACACAGUUUUAUUGGUUUAUAUUUAAAUGACAGGAAGCCGUGCUCCGUUUAGCUCCGUUAGCUCGUUUAGUCCGGCCCGGUCCCACUGGGAGGUGAUCUGCGUUCAGGACGGGUUUCCAGGUCAAGGUUGCUGUUGUCUGGUGGUGGUUCUUCUCCCUAAUGUUGGUGCCGUGUGCCAUAAAUGUCUCUCAUUUGCUCUGAUUAUUAUAUUUUUAGUUUCAUCGUCACCUUUAUUACAAAUUUAAACCAGAACAGCGAAAGUCUCAGGAAAGUUGUGGAGCUUUCUCAUCUGUCCUCUAGGACCAUUCAUAUCCAAGUGUUGGUGCUGGGGAGUUUGCAUUCAGGUGAUUCUGAGAUCAGAUGAUUAAACCUGGAUCCACCACCGUUGAGCUGAUCGGGGCCGGAUCUGCAGCUUCUUCCCAGUCGGCUGCCGCUGACCUUACAGGCCACACCGGAGCGCUGCUGUUUUUUUUUACUGCUUUUGAAGAGAAAAUCUGCAGUUAGCUCCCAUGUUUGCUGCUGAACCUGCAGACGUGCCGCCGCCAGAGACUAGCUGCAGACGUGCAGUUCCAUAUUUUCCUGUACAACAGCGAGAGGAAGCGUGAUUUAAACGUGCGUUUUCAGAAGUUGUGAAAAACCCGAGCCAGCCGGUUCCGCAGGCGUUUCUACUGAGCACUAUAUUUUUAAUCAGAUCUAUUUUGGUGACAGAGUGUACAGAUGUGUGCAUGUGUUUAGUGCUGCUGUGUCCAGCACGGUGCACGUUGGAGACCAUGAAGUAGAGUUUUAUUCUGACAAUCUUUUACAGUCACUGCAGAGUAUCUAUUUGUAAAUAAAGUCAUUUUAUAUGUC